GGUUGAGCAGCCGGGCGGGGAUGCGCGCUGCGCCGCGCAGCCAUGUCGCGGGUGAGCGGCCCUGGGCCGGCCGGCAGCGUCAAGGAGAAGCGCUCCUUCAGCAAGCGGCUCUUCCGCGGACGGACGGCGGGCGGCGGCGCGGGCUCGGCCCCGGCGCCCACCACCACUUCCCCAUCCCCGUCCGGGCGGUCGCUCGGCGGGUUCAUGAGCCGCGUGCUGAAGACCCUCUCCACCCUCUCGCACUACAGCAGCGAGCCCGAGCCCCGCGGCCCGCACGCCCCGCGUCUGCCCCCGCCGCAGGCGGCCGGCGGCCUGGGCAGCUGCUUCCCGCCGGGCCCGCCGCGCAGCCCCGAGCCCCCGCCGCGGCCCGCCGGCUGUACCGAGGCCGUGCCCGGCGUGGCAGGGCUGCGCAACCACGGCAACACCUGCUUCAUGAACGCCAUCCUGCAGUGCCUCAGCAACACCGAGCUCUUCGCCGAGUUCCUGGCUCUGGAGCAGUUCCGCGGCGGGCAGCCCCCCGCCGCUCCCAGCCCCGCCGCCGACGGCCCACCGCCCGCGCCCGGCGAGGUGACCGAGCAGCUGGCGCAGCUGGUGCGGGCGCUCUGGACGCUGGAGUACACCCCGCAGCACAGCCGCGACUUCAAGAACAUCGUGUCCAAGAACGCCAUGCAGUACCGCGGGAACGCGCAGCACGAUGCUCAGGAGUUCCUCCUGUGGCUCCUGGACAGGGUGCACGAAGACCUGAACAACGUAGUGAACUACAGCAGUGUGCCUCCGCUCAAGCCACCGCUGGAGGAUGAUGUCCUGAUGGAGGGACCAACCUUUCCAAUCAGCAGUACUUUUGUGCAGGAGCUCUUUCAAGCCCAGUACAGGUCCUCUCUGACCUGCCCUCAUUGCCAGAAGCAGAGCAACACCUUCGACCCUUUCCUCUGCAUCUCUCUGCCGAUUCCGCUGCCUCACACCCGGCCCCUCUACGUGACAGUGGUGUACCAGGGGAAGUGCUCUCACUGCAUGCGCAUCGGUGUGGCCGUGCCCAUCUCUGGCACAGUGGCCAGGCUGCGUGAGGCUGUCUCCUCCGAGACCAAGAUACCCACAGAGCAGAUUGUGCUGACAGAGAUGUACUACGAUGGAUUCCAUCGCUCCUUCUGUGACUCUGAUGACCUGGACACCAUCCACGAAAGUGACUGCAUCUUUGCCUUUGAGACCCCUGAGACCUUCCGGCCCGAGGGCAUCCUCAGCCAGAGAGGAAUACAUGUGAACAAUAACCUGAAUAACUUGAAAUGUGGCACUGAGCACUCCCGAACAGCAGCUUUCUCUCAAGGAACAGGGAAGUCUGGAAGACUGGAACAGUCCUUGACUAAAACAUCAGCAAGUGACAAGAUUGUGCUGCUGGUGUGUAACAGAGCAUGCACUGGACAGCAGAGCAAAAGGUUUGGCUUGCCCUUUGUGUUGCAUCUGGAAAGAACAAUUGCUUGGGAUAUCCUGCAGAAGGAGAUUCUGGAGAAGAUGCAGUAUUUCCUACGGCCUGCAGCCUGCCUGCAGGUUUGCCCAUUCAGCCUGCGAGUGGUCAGUGUAGUGGGCAUCACGUACUUGCUACCUCAGGAGGAGCGACCUCUCUGCCACCCAACAGUGGAAAGGGCAUUGAAGUCAUGUGGCCAGGGGGGAACUGCUCAUGUGAAAUUAGUGGUAGAAUGGGACAAAGAGACUAAAGAUUACUUGUUUGUGAACACAGAGGAGGAGUACAUUCCAGACUCCGAGAGCGUCCGCCAGCAGAGAGAGCUUCACCACCAGCCUCAGACCUGCACUUUAUCCCAGUGUUUCCAACUGUACACCAAAGAGGAGCAGCUUGCCCCAGAUGAUGCGUGGCGAUGCCCACACUGCAAGCAGCUGCAGCAGGGUAGCAUCACUCUGAGCCUCUGGACUUUGCCCGAUGUUCUCAUCAUACAUCUCAAAAGGUUUAGGCAGGAAGGAGACCGAAGGAUGAAGCUCCAGAACAUGGUUAAGUUUCCCUUGAGUGGCUUGGACAUGACUCCUCACGUUGUUAAGCGCAGCCAGAGCAGCUGGAGCCUGCCAUCUCACUGGUCACCCUGGAGGAAACCUUAUGGCCUUGGAAGGGAUCCUGAGGACUAUAUCUAUGACCUAUAUGCUGUCUGCAAUCAUCAUGGCACCAUGCAAGGGGGACACUACACAGCAUAUUGCAAGAACUCUGUUGAUGGUCAGUGGUACUGCUUUGAUGACAGUGAAGUUCAGCAGCUGUCUGAGAAUGAAGUCUGCAAGCAGACAGCUUACAUCCUCUUCUACCAGAGACGCACAGCCAUCCCCUCGUGGUCUGCCAACAGCUCUGUGGCAGGCUCCACCAGCUCCUCACUGUGUGAGCACUGGGUCAGCCGCCUGCCCGGCAGCAAGCAGCCCAGCAUCGCUUCGGCAGCCUCUUCGCGGCGCACGUCCCUGGCUUCCCUCUCCGAGUCGGUGGAGCUGGCUGGGGAAAGGAGUGAAGAUGAUGGAGGGUUCUCAACUCGGCCCUUUGUCAGAAGUGUGCAGCGCCAGAGCUUGUCAUCCAGAUCCUCUGUCACCAGCCCGCUGGCCGUCAGCGAGAACGGCGUCAGGCCCUCAUGGUCCCUCUCUGCCAAGCUGCAGCUGCGCUCCAACUCCCCAUCACGCUUCUCUGGAGACUCCCCUGUGCACACCUCUGCGUCCACCCUGGAGAAGAUCGGGGAGGCUGCUGAUGACAAAGUCUCCACCUCUUGCUUUGGCAGCCUGAGGAACCUCUCCAGCAGCUAUCUGGAGCCCUGUGAUGGCAGUCGGCGAGAGCAGAGGACGGCUCGCAGAGCUCCUCUGGCUGUCAUGGAAGGGGCGUUCAGGGAAGAGUCUGUGGUGAGGACAUCUAGCUCAGACCUCUCAGAUGGCUGUGGCAAAAGCUCUGUGCAGCCAGACAGGAGUCACCCUGCUCUGGACCCUUUUGACAACAACAAUCAGAUUGCCUUUGUUGAUCAGAGUGAUUCUGUUGAUAGCUCUCCAGUCAAGGAGGUGAAAGCUCCCAGUGGGACAGGGUUGGCUGCAGAGAAGGCAGAUGGCACCCCUAGGAAGGUUCACAGCUCCAAAGGGGUUUCUGAGCCAGACAAAAGCUUAAGGAAGGGAAGGACAGUCUUACCUACCCAAGAGACCAAAGGGUCUCGCUCUUCUCCUCCACUAAAGACUUCCCAGAAAGUUUCCCGCUCUAGAAGCAAGACAGACUCCUCUAGGGCCAGUGGGAGACACGGGUCUCCUGCUCCUGCUCAGGCUAGGAGGGACCAUAGCACGAAGCCGCUGGAGGUGGCUGCACCCUCAGUUCAGCAGAAACAGAAGUCAAGUUCUCCAUCUUCCACAGCAGCCAGGAAAACCCCAUCAGGCUCGUUGGCUAAGGGCUCUUCUACUGGGAAGAGACGGACUUCAGAGCAAAGCCUCAGCAGGGAGGGCUCCAAGGUAAGCCUGGGGUCGGAUAAAACGAGCGUGACCAGCAGCUCCAGAACCAGCUCCCCUCGGAUCAGCCACUCCAGGAGCGACAGCAGGGCUGUGGACAGCAAGCACGUGCGGAGCUCCUCCAUGGCCAGCCUGCGGUCUCCCAGCGCUGCCGUGCGCUCUGGUUUGAAGAGGGACAGCAAGUCGGAGGAGAAGGGCUUGUCCUUCUUUAAGUCAGCCUUAAGGCAGAAGGAGACCCGCAGGUCGGCAGACCUGGGCAAGACAACGAUGCUCACCAAAAAGGCAGGGGGUGGCAGUUCCAAGGCAGGCAGCAAAGCUACACUGGAAGACAAAUCGGAGAAAGGCAGUGUGCCAGCAGCCCCUCAAACCAAUGCUAACGUCACUGCAAAAGCAAAACCCGUCCCAAAAGAUGCCACACCUAGCAAACAUUCUCUGCUCUCCAGCCGCAAGUCCAAGUCUUCCCAGCUAGAUCCCGGAGUCCAGUCUCCUCCUACCAGUGGCAAACAGUCUGCUGACAGGCCGCUGAAGAAGUUACCAUCCAGCAUGCAGGUGUCUGUACGGCCUUCUCUGGAACCUCAGUGAAAUGCUGCAGCCCAGGUGUCUCUUCUGCUGAGAAGCUGAUGUCCUCCUCUGAGCUCUUGUGUUUUUGUUACGUGCCUAACGUCUGUCGCGAGGAGCGGUCGGCCGCAAGCUGUCAAAGCGCCUUCGAUCUGCCACCAAACCAAACAGCCACAGGCAGCCGAGCUGGAGGCAUCGUGGCCGAUGCGUGCAGCUGCCCUGCAGCACCUCUCUGCAGAAAAUGCAACGGCUCUCCUCAGAGCCGGGGUUGGAAACCUGAGCCCUGCUGGUCCUGACACCGGUGUGUGCUCUGUGGAGCUGGGAAACUGGUGUUCUUGUGCUGAACAGGCUGUGUCCACGCUGCUGUAUGGCCUGGUUCUGAGCUGUGGAACCUAGAAAGACUGCUGCUUCUUUAUGCUCCCUCUCAAGCCCCCCUCCCUGCUCCCCUCCAUCCUCCAGCUUCUAAAGGGCAAUAUUUCAACACUAAUGUUGUUUCUCAGGUAUAUACUCAGCCGGUAUAGGAGGGACUAGCAUUAGUGGAUGGACAGAAAGGUACCUGUGUGUCCAUGUGUCCUUGUGUCUGUGUCAUGGAUCUCAUCUUGCAUUCCAACAGCUGAAAGAGGGUUUCUUUUCCCAUGAAAUUUAACCUGCAUUUUUUAUUGCAAUGUCUACAAGCAGUUUUAGUCUGUCUGUAGGCAACCUCUACCCUGUCCUUUUUGCUUGCUUUUUCUCUCUGCAUCACGAGACUAAGUGAUAGAAGUCACUGAGCAGCAGGUAGUUGCCAGCUCUUCCUUAUGCUAGGCAAGAGAUGGUGGCAGAGCUGCAGGAGAGCUGUCUUCAUGCACCUGAAUGCAGCCAUGCUGUUAGGACCCUCUUCAGGCUCCUGAAAGAAGCAUUUCCUAAUGUAACCAGAUGCUUCACUCUGUGGUGUGAGUGCAGCAUCUGUUCCUUGUAGGAGCAUUGUUGAGAUGAGCCAAGUGUUGUCAUCUUCUCUGCCUUCUCUGAGCAUGCUUUCAGCAGGCUUCUUGGUGUGGGUUGGAGGGGCUGCACCAAACCCUUGGGGAGCAGUUUCACCUUCUCCUGAGCUCUGUGAUGUCCCCUGCACUUGUCACCUUCCCCAGGAGGCUUGGCUGCCAUGAGAGACCAUCCCUGCUCCAUUGGAUGUCUCUAUCAGGGUUCAAACACUACAUCUGGUGAUGUCUUUGUUUACAUGCCCUCUGACGGGAGUUCCUCAAGUCCUCUGAGUCCUCUCACAAAGUGGAUUCCUCAAGUCCUUUUAUAUAAAUGUGACUUAAGUUCUUGUUAGUUUCCUGAGUUUGGUCAAUGUGCUGCAUCUCCUUGCUGCACAGCAGCAGUCUGUCAUGGAGACUGUGGCAGGCAGUAGCUGGGCAGUGUGCUGGGCACGCUUGUCUUCUGAGCAAGGUCUUUGCUUGCCAUAGUCCUGUGUGGCAAAGCUUCUCCAGGCUUGGCUUGUGGACAGAUGCUUGUACAUCUUCUGUCAGUGUAACCACCCUCAAACAAGUAGUGGCUUCUAGUUGCUCUGUUCCACCUCCUCUCUGGAGCUGAUGUGCUGAUGCCCCGGAGAAAGGCUUGCCCCCAACUCUGCUGGGCACAUGCCUGUUCUGUUAUCACUUUGCAUAGCUCAGCUCCAAAGCAGCAGGCUCUGGAGAGAGGUGUUUUGGGGGUAGCUGACUCCUGGGAGGAAAGGCAUCCAGUGCCUGGAGCUGAGUUGGGGGGUGCCCCAGAGCUGUGUGCAGGGGCAUGGUGGUAAGCCCACCUCCAGUCUGACCCUGGCUCUGCCCUGAUGGUGCGCUGCAGUGCUUCCCUUUGUGCAGCCCAGAAGCGAUGCCAAUGCCCUGUGUGUCCUACCAGUGUGCUGGACUCUGUGCCCUGGACUCUGCUUUGAGACCCAAAUGUGACCAUAUUCUUGGUGUGUUUCUUCUCCUGAGUGUCAUUUCAGUCUCCUUUGUCUCAUCAAGGAGCAGAGAUUGCACUGCUGUCUUCUUAGACCUACGACUGGGAUUACUGCUGGAUUAUUGUUUGUAAUACCCAGCAGGGCAGAUGAGGCUUGCUUUACAUGGAAGCACUUCAGUUGCUCCCUGGAACGUUUGCUGUUGAAGUAUUUGUUUAAGGUUUUAUUUGUAUUAAGGUCUUGCACUGUGUUGACUCUUCUCUUGUAGCAGCUCUUCUAGCAAGAAUGUAAUUUGAGUGGCUGUGCUGGCUUGGUUUAGUGUCCUUUCAUAGAUAGGACCUACUUUGCUGUGCAUUUUACCAUGGGACAUUUGUGAAAGGUUACUUUUAUCAAAUGACACUUUCUUUUCAUGCCAUCAUUCGCUGGAAAAGUUUAAAAUGGAAGCUGGGGUGUGGGUUUUGAAGUGGUUCUGCUCCUGUGUUGCGUGCCUGGACUGAAAGAAACCUGAAACUGUUUAUGGCUGAACACCAUUUCAAUGAGUUUGAUAGGAUGAGAGCAAAUAGCCUCAGGUUGUACCAGGGAAGGUUUAGGUUGAACAUGAGGAACAAUUUCUUCCCAAAAAGGGUUGUCAAGGCCUGGCUCAGACUGCCCAGCACAGUGGUGGAGUUCACAUCCUCCCAUGCCUGGAGGGAUUUCAAAGUGUUGGAGAUGUAGUCCUGAGGGACAUGGCUUAGUGGUGACUUGGCAGUGCUGGGCUAAGAGUUAGACUUGAUGGUCUUAAAGGUCUCUUCCAACCUAAACUGUUCUGUGAUUGUAUCUGGGGCAUGGGAAGGGUCAUUUGAGCUCCCAUUUGGACAAAAUGGGGAUGAGGUCCUGGUGUUCCAGCAGCUGAUGUUUAGAGCAGUCAGACCUCUGCAGUGCCAUGGUGGGCACUGCUGCCAGCUCCAGCCCCGUCUGCUCUGUGUGCUGCCAAACUGGGUCUCUGCAAGCAGCUGCUCUGCUGCCUGAAGGCUAGGCAGAAAAGGCUGCUCAGGCAGUGCCCCCUCUGAGAGCAGAGGCAAUGCUGCUCUUCUGUGUUUGGGAUGGUGUCUGGUUCAGGAGGGCUUGACUUUGGGUGUCCCAAAGCAAAAUGUUUUGGCUUUGCAUUGAACACGAGCACAGAGAGGGUGAAAUGCAGAGAGUUUGCCCUGCAGGAGCUGCAGGCCCUGUGUGGAGUCCCUGACAGCCAGUUUGGAGAGCAGCUGUUUGCUGCCUGUCUGCUUCUCUGCCUCACGGUACCACACACCUCCAGGGGGCCUGGAGCCCCCUGGCACAGGAGAGGGCUGCAGAGUUGGGUCCAGGCAGCAGCAAUGUCAUUCUUGUGACAUAAAGCCAGGCCAUUGGCCACAGCUCCCUUGGUGGUGUCCAGCAAGUCUUUGCAAACCGAAUGUAGGUUACUGUGGCCCCCCAGUCAGUGAGCAGGGGCAGGACACCAGCACUCUGCUCUGUUGGCUUUAAGGCAGCCUUGUUUGUUAACCCUUUCCUGCACAUGAACUCCUGUCUGUGCCUGUUGUGCUGUCUGGGUGUAAGAGAGUGGCUCGCUACUGGGCAACACUCCAGAGAGGAUCUUCCAAGUCCUGGUGCCACUACCACCAUGGCCUUGUGUGUUGGUCCUUAGAGCUGUGAAGGCUUCCCUCUGAAGCAGCCACUUGUGUGUGGUCACCCCUUUUCUUAAAGCUUUCCUUUGGUUUCAGAAGCACUUGUGCCUGGGGGUGGGUGGGCUUUGCCAUAUCCUGAGGGUCACCACUGGCCGGGGAUCUCCACCUGCCCAAGUGAUGGCAUGUGGGGCCUGGAGGCCUCAUAGUUGGGCACUGCAGUAGGGCUCCAGUUCUGCUUUGGCAGUCAGACAGCCAUGGCAUGUGAGGAAGGACCUGUAGUGUGGCUGUCCCAGCUCAGGUGGUGGAACCUGGCACCAAAGGCUUAGAGCAGCCCCACACCGUGAGAAAUGCCUUGAAAAGCAGUGGGGCAGCACUGCCCUAUGCUCAGAGCUCCAAGGUGGGAGCGAGCUUCAAGGCUUGGAAGGUUUUGUGAUGUUUCCAACCACCUGUGGGUUGAAUCCACCUGCACUGGCCUCAUGUUUCUCCCCAUGGCCCCUGCUCUGAUCUCCUGCUCCUGGGGUUGUCCCUCGGGGUGCAAGAGAGCAGCGUCUUCAGCCCAGUGCUGGAUUCCUGCUGGAGUCACCUGAAGAAACGCUUUGUACCCUUUCUGGGCUGUGACUUUCAGAGAGUUGUUUAUCAGAGUACUAAGCACAUUUUCACUGGCGUGUGUUCGAGAGGCACCUCGGAUUUGUAUUAAUCACCUUUGAUAGACAAUUUGGUGCCUGCAGUUCUGUAACUCGUAAGUGUCUCACUCUGGGUGUAUAAAUUGUUAACCCUUUGGAACUUAAAUAUGGCUAAAGCAAAACUAAAGAAAAAAAAGAUGCUUAGGAUAGCCAAUUAGCAGCUUAACUACAGCACACUUACUGCUCUGUAAGUGCCCUCGUCCCUUGUAGCUGCAGGGUUGUUUGCUUUGCAGAGCUGCAGCUCGAGCAUGAGCAGAGCCCUUGUUGGGGUGCUGGGGCGGUGUUGCAUGGCAGACCCCCGCUGUCCCCGCUGCAUGCCCUCACUAACUAUGCAAGCCCCAGAUGAGGUCCCCCCCCCCACGCCCCGGUGCCCGUGGGUAGCCUCCGCAGCGCUGCCCCGAACCUGACCCCUGCUUCCCGGCGCGGCUAGGAGCAUGUCCCUGGGGUCCUGCUGCUUCCUUUGCACAUCUGGAGUCUUUCCUUUGCAGCACUCGCGUUACUGACAAGGCUGGAGUGUAGCUCAACACAAAGGGAUCCGAAGGUUGGCAUGAGAACAAACUGGUUUUAUGUUUCCUAUUGUGUUUUUUUUCCUUUUCUUUAACAGGGAAGGCCUGGCCAGGGUUGGUCUGUAGCUGCUGUCUCCUAUGGGAACGUGGUGGCACUGUCUGUGCCAUUGCAUGCCACCCCUAGCCGUGUGAGCACUCACAACACUAGCUUGUGUUCAGGCUCUGUGCCAAGGAAGUGGCUCCCAGUUACUGGGGUGCUGUGCCCAUGCCCAUACUGCUGACAGGACUCCUGCCAGCCUGAGAUUGCUGUGCCAGACCCUGUUUGCCCACAGGGGUGGCUGUGCUCCCUCAUCUUGCUCCCAACUCCAGAGGUGCUGGCAUUUGAGCUGUGGUCCUGUUCACCCACAGGUCCUGCCAGAGUUGCUAUAAGUGAUUUGGCCAAGUCCUUGUCCGUGGGGCACACUGGGCAGAGUGGGCAGCUGCCUGCUCCAGGGCAGCCAACAUGAGCACAGGUUGAUGAAGUCUUGUGAGCAGCACAAACUGUUGGUCCCAGGAUCUCUCCUGGGUUCUGUGCCCUGUGAGAUGCCACCUCACAGCAGUGCUCUGGGUAUUCCUCUCCCCUAUCCCUUUUGCUCAGCCGGCACAGAGAGGGGCUGGAAAGUGCUCAGAGAGGGUUUGGAAACAAUAUUCCAGAUGAUUUAACCAUUACUUUUUUUUUUGUCUCUUUGUCAUUUGCCUCCUAAUCUCCCAAACAAUUUGGCAGUAUCUCGACGUUACCUGUGGAGGGAACUGAAAUUUAGUUUUAAUCUGUGGUGAGAUGAAAGACCCAAAGCACCGUGCAGCAGCUACUGUUGGGAGCACCUGCAGACCUGUAGCAUGCCUGUUAGGUCUGAGGGGUCAGGGACUCUUCUGGGGUGUGUGUGUGUUUUUGGAAGGCGAUAGCACUCAAUUUCUCUGCAGACAGUGGGGUUUUCUUUUAAAGACACAGAUUAAAACUAAGUGCAGACACCACGUCCCCUUCACUCCGGGCCCUGCAGCACAAAAGCGUUGCAAGAAGGUGGGUGUCAGGUCUGUGUGGCGUUUGUGCAGUGCAAUAAGAAACCCUUUUUAGGUGCUACGUUGCCUUGGGUAGGGUGACACAAGGGAAUAGAGGCUACAAGGUGAUGAUCUUGUGACCUUCCAAGUCCCAAUUUGUACAGAUUUGCUCUCACCAACUGUGCCUCACCAUUGGUUAAAAUUGAAUUUUAAGUCCUGUUGCAAAAUGCAGUUUCUCUUCUGGGACACGCUGUCAGGUUUUACACUGGAGUAUCCCACGGUUGUGAAAGCUGCAUGUCACACCACUGCACCCCAUCCUGGGACGUGGGGCUGGCCCACACCUUUGAUACUCUCUUCUGUCUUUUGAUGUUUCUUGAACUGUACAGAGAUCUGGAAAGCAGGCUGCGUUCUGUACCUGGGGUUGAGCAUUGUACCAUAGGAUUUUAAAUUAUUUCGAGGACAAGUGCAUGAGACUGUGUCAAUGCCUUUUGUUAUUUAUUUGUAUGUUUUAUUAUUCAAGGUGUAUGCACUUUUAAUAAUAUGCAGAAUUUAUAUUUUUAUGUUAAAAAUCCAUUUUCUUUCAGAAAGAAGAGUUUGAAUAUGAGGAAUUGGAAUUAAGUGCAAAAAGGGGAAUAUGUAAUAAAAUACAAUAAAUUUAUUACUAGGCAAUACA